GGGGCUUAGCCGCCCCAUUUCGGCGGAAUCCAGAUUCCGAUUUCGAUUCCACGCGGAUCGCGGAGAUGUCGAUCCCUGGCGGCCCAGAGGCAGCAGAGUUGGAGCACAUGAUCCAGCAUGGCGAGCUCACCAGGCUCUACGGCGUGCGCCUCGCCGAGAUCCCGGAGCGCGGCUUGGGGUACUGCGCGGUCCGGCGGAUCAAGCGAGGGGAGGCGCUUCUCUUCGACCGCGCGCGAUGUUCGGCGCUCGUGGGGGAGGAGGACGUAGCUCAGCUGGCGGCACAAGUGGGUGAGGGCAGUGAGGUCAUGGCCUUAACGCACGGCGCUGGUUCUGACGACGUGCUGGGCAAGAUCCAGAACAACGUUUUUCAUGCAACUCGAGACGUGGAGUGGUGCGCGCUCUUCUUGGGCGUGGCGCGGCUGAACCACAGCUGCCUCCCCAACGCCUUCGUGGAUUGCUCCCGGAGCUGUGCGGUGGUCCGGGCCUUGACGGAGAUCCAGGAGGCCGCGGAGGUGCUGAUUUCCUACGUCCCGGUCAGCGACGCCUUGGCCGCGCGAUCGGAGCAGCUGCGGCACAAGGGCUUCGACUGCGACUGCGCGCGCUGCCGCGAGGAGGCGCAGGGCGUGCUGCUUUGCGCCUGCGGCGCCUGGCUGCCAGAAGAGGCCGCGGCCUGCCCCUGCGGCGCCGAUGCAGCGACGCUGCACAGCGCUUCAGCGGCGCUCAGCCAGGCGAAUGAGUUCAUGCAGUCGCCGGAAGCUGCGAAAACGGACACCCGUCAGCUCAUUGCCAAGCUGACCAAGCUCAAGGAGGAGUGCUAUUCGAAUGGCCCGUUGCCGCAAAGCGCCGACACGGUGACCUUCCUCAACAACCUCUCCAACCUCCACUUCUUCAGCGCCCAGCACCUGGCGGGCCCUCAGCGAGAGGAGGCGCUGGUGGCAUUCUACGAGUGCAAGCGGCAGCUGAUGGCCAGCUACGAGGCGCUCCACGGGGGUUCAGCGCAACGGGACGUGAGCUUCCUGCUGGCGCUGCAGCGGCUGCUGGCGCUGGAGCCGCCCCAGGAGCUGAGGAAGCUGUGGCAGCAGCAACUGCUGCGGGCCUGUUUGCUGCAGUUCGGCCAGAUGCAGCUGCCGCCCAACCUCCAGCCAGCCAGCCAGCGCCCGGAAGAUGUCCUCCUCGACGAGCCGGACACGCGCUUUUGCAUCUGCUACGACGAGACCUCGCCGGUGAUCAUCGCCUGCCUCUGGGCCAAGCUCCAGGGCGCGGGCGUCGAGGACGUGGUCGCCUGCUUGUGUGAGGAGAGAGCUGAGUGGGACAAAGCCGGCGAGAGCCACCUAGUGCAGGCGGCGGAGACAGCGGACCCCACCAUGGAGGAGGUUUACCAAAGUGUAAUCCGGUGCCCGCGCCCGUUUUGGGACCGGGAGGUGCUGAAACGGCAGUGGAGGCUUCCCUUGGACUGUGCCACCGGAAAAGGCUAUGCCUUGGUGUCGCGGUCCAUUGAGGAGGGUAACCACGAUCCCGAGAGGGUGCAGGCCUUUGUACACAAGGCCGGGGCCUUGCUGAGACCAGCAAAUGGCGAGGAGGUGUCGCGGAUCGCCAACUGCGCCAGCACAGAGAUCACCAGCUGCAGCCAGAUCGACAUGGGCGGCUUGAUCCCUGCCUGGGCCACCAGCUACCUCUCCUCGGUGGUCGUCGGCAAGGCGGUCAGCUGGACAGACAACCUGAAGCGGCACUGCGCGGCGCGCAACGGGGGCGAGUCGAGCUGCGGCGACCAACUUGACCAGCUUCAACUGAUGCAACGCUGGAAGAAGCGCACAGGCUUCGCCCGGGAUAAUGUGACGACUUCGACGACUUGCUCCGCCAAAGAUGCGAAGAAUGUAGAAUCGAUGGAGACAGCUCUCAAAGCCAUGUCCAAUUGGGCCAUCGCCGAGGAUGUAAAAAGCGCUAUGGAAAUGGUCACAGGAGAAGCAGAAGAGGAGUAUGAGAAGAUUUUAGAAGACACCAUCCCGGUGACGGUUGGUAGCCAAUCCUGGCUUGAUCGCCUAGAGAGUGUCGGAAAGUCGGUGGUCACAUACGCGGCAGGCAAAAUCCCAGUGAUUGGCGGAGUUGUGGAGAAAGCAAUUGAUCUUUUCUGGCCCGAGAGUGGUGACGUCUACGACAUCUGGCAGCUGAUCGUGGGGGAGGUCUCGGAGAUGGUGGACGUGAAGAUCCUGGCCUACGAGCUCCGCGAGCGCUACGCCGACCUGCUGGCCUUGAAGCGGGAGAUGAAGCGGUACACCAGGAGCAAGUCCACCAUUGACCGUGGCAACUUCUUGAGCAUAGCCCUUGCAAAGGUGGAGGAUAUCAUAGCACAUUUGACAGUAUCAGGAAACAAGCUUCAGCUGUUGCCAUUGACCAUUGCAACGGCCACUAUCCAUUGUGUCAUUCUCCGUGAGAGGGUCAAUGAUGGUCCAUCUCUUUAUGGUGUGGAUGAUGGCUCAUGGGCUUUGGAGCUCCAAUCUGCUGUGGCCUUCUAUCAGAGUUUCUUCAACUACACCUAUGGAGAUUGGUUCGCAUGGCGGUCUGACAAGGUGGAGACAAGCUCACAAAUGAAUGGACGGAGGCGAGGGACCUGCUCGUCCAGCACGAAGGACACGCUUACGGGGACCCAGUAUGACCUGUCUUGGAGUGGGGAGGUGUCAAACGACGACAGAUGCGCAUCUGCCGCCGCUCUGCAGAAGUCUCGUUUUGUACGAGAUGUGGCUCGCUCCAUCAUUGCAAGCUUGAGAACUGUGAUGUAUCUUCAACGCUAUGUUCCUGGUAUGGAGAUGAAGCCUGUUCAGGUGCUGCCAGCGAUCAAAUAUGUCACGCUUGGACCAUUCGCAUACGUCUCUCAGCCGGUUUCAGAGCUUCAAGUGUCCUACGCAAACGACCUGCCCACACUUGCGAAGAAUUGUGACUCCGGCCCUGGAAAUAUUACCAAAGUCAUCGUUCGAUCUUUCAACGUUGUGGAUGGCUUUCAGAUCUAUUAUGCUGAUGGACAGCAGUGCAUUGGUGGUGGGAGCGGGGGAAAUGCGGAUGAAUUCCUUCUCUCUGACGACAAGUACAUUACCAAGCUCAAAUUCCAUUUCAACGAUCCAGAGAUUGCAACUCUUGAGAUGAGUCUGUCAGACGGCAGUUCUGCUAGCUUUGGGAGUGGUGGAGGAGAUGCGGUAGAAGGCUAUGUCACAGACGAUGGCUCCUACAAACUCGUAGGAGGUGUAUUGGGCUCGGCCCACAACUCGUACCUCGGCUAUUUCGAGCCGACCUAUGAGUUCACCUACCUCAACGUUUGGAGCCCUGAUUCUUUCAGCUCCGACAUUAUGAAGACUGGCGAGACGCUGGCUGCCAAUAGUGGGCUGCAGUCUCCAAAUGGAAUGUACAAGCUCUUUUUGCAGAAUGAUGCAAAUCUGGUGAUCUAUGAUAUCUAUGAUCGAGCAACAUGGAGCAGUGACACACAAAACAAAUGCCCCAACGCAUCUCCGGAGCUUGUACUGCAAUCUGACGGCAACUUGGUUUUGUACUGCGGUUGCAGCGCACUGUGGGCUGCUGGAACCGAAACGGAUUCCACGCUCUGCCGCAUGGUGGCCAUGCAGAAUGAUGGCUCACUGGCCAUGUACAAUGUGGGAAAUGAAUCCGGAGUUUGGUCCAGCAAAGGCUCGAUUCCUUUAGGCUUUGGAGCCAGCAAUCUGAGCAGCCCCGACUCUCUGGCAGUUGGGCAGCGCCUUGUGCAAUCAUAUUUCCUGCAGUACGAGCUAUCCAUUGAUGCAGGGAAGCCUGUAUUGCGAGAAUGGCAGAAGAGUAGCAUUUGGUCUUCUUCUGCCGGUUGCAACUCAACGGACUCAUUUGCGCACCUGAAAAUGCAGGAAGAUGGGAACUUGGUCUUAUAUUGUGACGAAGGGAACACCAUUUCUCCAUGGGCUUCGGAUACAGCAGACACAUCUUUAGAGAAGCUCAGCGGAGUGAACGUCCUGUCCUUGCUUCCCAACGGAAACUUGCGGAUUGUCAACAAGCGAGGCGAGGUGAGCUGGACCUCGGGGUCUGCGCAGGCAUAUCAAUACUUUCCUCCUUCCAUCUCAAAGUAG